UUAAAGCUGAUGGAAGAAGAAAGUCCACCGUUUGUGAGUGCUGGAGAAAAUUCAGGAAUAAAAGGGGAGGAACUGCAGCAAUCCUCGUCAUCAUCUGAAUGGUGCAUCGAUUCCGAAAUACGUCUUUUCAAAAAACUCUUAUCUCAUAAACCAGCAGGUGUUUCAAAACAUUUUCAUAUGGGUUGUCUUGUUGAUUACAUGAACAACGUUUAUGAAGAUGAAGAUACCGAUUUUGAGGAUGUUUUGACAUCGGAAGAUUUACAUGAACUCACUACCAAGAGAAAUACUACAGGGAAACCACGAGUUUUUAGACCAAGAUACAAAAUAAGACCCACUGCUGGAUUGAUUUGGGAGAAAUUAGAAAACAUGUAUGAUAUGAAGGAAAUCGAAAAAAAUGAGGCAAUACCGGAAGGUUUGUUGGAAAAGUCGGAAUUCUGCUUACCAGAAGAUGAUUUCGGUGAUUUAUUACGCAAGAAAGAUGAGUUGAACAGAGGUUUCGUUGCUCCCCAAACUGGUGGUGGUCAAUCAGUUCCACGGAGAAAGCAGCGGGAUUCGGGUGUGUAUUCUUUAUUGGCGUAUUGAACUUAUUACAACUUUUUUCCCGCUUCGCGCAUUUGCUUCUCUAGUUGCUGCUGGAUAAACCACAUUGUAUUUGCCGUCAAGAAAGAAGUGGAACUUGCCAAUCAAGUUAUUUGAUGUAUUAUCUAUGAAAUUUCGGACCCGAAAAUCCAAUUUCAGGAAUUUAUCUAGCAGGUUCAUCAGUAUCAAGUUCUCGCAAUUUCGAAAUAUGUAAAUUUGAAUUUUUGCAUGCGAUGUCCUUGUUAUAAAAUUCGAAAUGUUUUUCUGUAAUUGUUUGGCGUAGCAAUUAACUUAGUUGUAACCGUACCUCUCUAUCAUACGAAGUAACCUUUUUUCUGUGCUUAUGCCUAUUAGUCAUUCACCAGUUAGUGUUAGAACACGAAACUUAUUUACAAAUUAAGAUUAUUACUCCAAGCAAAUUAAUUACUCAUUUUAAUUGCG